AUGGCCAUGAUGGAGGUCUCGCAGCAGCCGUCAACGACGAAACUCUCGAAGGAGGAAUCUGCUUCUAUGCGAACAGCCCUUCCAGCACGCCCAGUAGUGUUGAGAGGGGACAUGCACAUGUCAGAAGCCAGCAGUGACCGUUAUCCUUCUCCAGCCGGGUCGCGAAGUCCUGGCACCGAAAGUCCUGAUGCCUCUGAGACACGUCCCAGCCCCUCGCUAUACGGAAGCAAUCAGGCAACCUCACCCAGCCCGUCACCCUUGCCCUACGAUAUUAUCCAGGACGCCAAAUCAAGCAUGGGUAAUGUAUCCCAUCAAACUGGUCAAGUCUGCAGUAAUUGCGGCACCACGCGAACACCCUUAUGGAGAAGAGCACCGGGAGGCGCUACCAUCUGCAAUGCUUGUGGAUUAUACCUAAAGGCACGCAACUCAUCUCGCCCGACUAACCUGAAACGGCCACCGACAAUCAUCUCGACGGUGCCGAAGAAGACGCCCGACAAGACUUCUCCCAAGCCUUGUUCGCAAACCACGGGCGCCACGUACGUUGCGGCCGAUCAAGAGCCGACGGGCACGUGUCCGGGGGGAGGACGUUGCAAUGGCACCGGCGGCGCUGAGGGAUGCAGUGGAUGUCCCGCGUACAACAACCGUGUUUCCAAAAGUGCUCACCUCUCUAGCCUACAAGCCCGGGAUGAUGCGAGUGCAUCCACAAAGGAACCAGAGGACGGCCCGGCACCCAUCAACGCGGCCGCACCCAAAGCGCAACCUCAGAAGACGACGGUUGUUAUUGCGUGUCAAAACUGUGGCACUACCGUCACUCCACUUUGGCGUCGGGAUGGAAGCGGUCACACCAUCUGCAAUGCCUGUGGUCUAUAUUACAAACUUCAUGGUGUCCAUCGGCCCGUGACGAUGAAAAAGGCCGUCAUAAAGAGGAGGAAACGCAUCAUUCCAGCCACCAAAUCAGGAGGCCACGAGGGCGCUGGAGAUGCUGCGGCAAUCGACUCGAUAGAGCAGCAGAACCAGUACGCCGAGGACCACGAGGUGGAGAAGGGCACGUUGAAUGCCGACGGAUCGGUGAAUCUCGGAUUUCGCCGACGCGAACGCGCUCUCGCCAUCCUGCCCCAGCCCAUAGUUCGCCAGAACCAAGGGUCGACGACGUUACCGCCGUCCAAUGACUUGACGGCAUACCACACCAGUCAAUCUCAUGCUCUGCAGUCGAUGGACAUCCGCGACUCUCUUACCGACGACAACCGCUUGGCCCCCUUGACCUCCCUGUCGGUCAUGAAGGACCGGCAGUCAUCCUUGUCCCCGGCGUCUUUCAUUUCACCGUCACGGAAACGAUCCUUCUCGGCCACCGAUUCCGAGACACAGCCGGGCGAACUGGGGUACGACAGCACGAAACGCUUGUCAUCCAUCAAGUCGAUCCUAAAUCCGGCUGGCGCAGGACACCGCAGCCCGACGGCAAACCAGAUGGAGGAAGCCGCCGACACCUUGCGGUUGCUACGCUCACCUGCCAGCACAAUGGGCUCGGCUCCCAGCCCGGGGGCUUACUCGAACUGCUCGAGCGCGAUGGGGAACGCUCAAAAUGACAGUGAAAGGAUAAGGGCCGAGCGACGUAUCGCGCUGCAAAAUGAGGCCGAACGCAUGCGUGCCAUGUUGGCAGCCAAGGAAAGAGAGUUGGCUGACCUGGGGGAGUGA